GGCAAAGUGUCGUAUAGAGUGACGGCUGAGGGAGGACGAGACUCUCGUCACACUCCGCUGCCCGUGUUUAUUUACUAACGUCGGAACGCUUGGUUAAUUUAAAACUCGUUAGUAUCAUUAAGGACGAGGGGCAGUUUGAACUUCAUGAACAACACAUUCGCGAGAGCGGCUGGUAAUCGCUAAUCAUAAAUGGCCAUCAAGGAGUGACUUAUAUGUUUGUUGGCUCACCGUGGACGAGUUGAGCUUGUUCGGCGACCGAACAAACGGAGUAACAAACGGUGUCCGUGCACCGAAACAAGGAAAGACUGCGUACAAUACUAGGAAGUUGUUGUGACUGUUACUUUCCGAAAACAAUUUGCUACUAGUUUUCGGAAUAUGGCUCAUCAUGGACGUCAUCAUGUUGCGAGUUCCCAAAAGGCUUUAAUGCUGGAGAUGAAAAGUCUCCAGGACGAACCGGUUGAAGGCUUCAAAAUAACUUUAGUCGACGAGUCGGACAUGUACAACUGGGAAGUUGCGAUAUUCGGACCACCCAAUACGCAUUAUGAGGGGGGCUAUUUUAAGACACGCAUCAAAUUCCCCAUUGACUACCCAUACUCUCCUCCUGCCUUCAGAUUCCUCACCAAGAUGUGGCAUCCCAACAUCUAUGAGAAUGGAGAUGUGUGUAUUUCCAUACUGCACCCACCAGUGGAUGAUCCACAGAGUGGAGAACUGCCAUCAGAGAGGUGGAACCCUACACAGAACGUGAGGACUAUCUUGCUAAGUGUUAUCUCACUGUUGAAUGAGCCCAACACCUCCUCGCCUGCCAACGUAGAUGCCUCAGUCAUGUACCGCAAAUGGAGGGAGAGUAAAGGGAAAGAUCGGGAGUAUGCAGAGAUCAUCAGGAAGCAAGUUUUAUCCACCAGAACUGAUGCCGAAAGGGAUGGCGUCAAGGUGCCCACCACACUUGCAGAAUACUGCAUUCGUACCCGCGCCCCACCCACUGACGAGGUCAGCACCCUAUUCUAUGAAGACUACUAUGAUGAUGAGGACAUAGAUGAUGAUGAUGAUGAAGAGGAGGGUGACGACUGUUGCUAUGACGAUGAUGACUCCGGGACCGAGGACUCAUGACGACCAGACCCACAUUUUCCAAAACUGAUCUCUCCACGCCCUGUACCAUUUAGAUUUCGUUGUUUUUAGUUUGCUUCGAAAAGGAGUGUUUUCUAGUCAUUUUUUCAAUUUCUGUAUCAGACAUCUGAAGUUCCCUGUCUCAGCGGACACGACCAUGGGCAAGUUUAAUUCUGUCUUCUGAUGACACAAUAUUUUGUGAUAAGGAGUUGAAUUGUGGAGGUUAUUGAUUUAAAUAUUCUUGUGCUUCUGAUCGAGAUAUAACCAAAUGAUACAGUCAGUUCCAAACAACAGAGACUCUUUAAGUUUUUAAUUUCUUACUGUUAGUUUUGUCUGGGUUUUGGGGCAGAUGUUUUUCAGCCAAUUGGUGCUCAAGAGCCCAGCUAAGUGCAUACAUGUUUAUUUGAUCCUUUAUAAGCAACUUGCCUAUCCAAGGCAUGUUGGUGCCUGAUCUCAGGUUUUCAAUGUCUGUGGAGAAAUAAAAGCAUUGCCAUCUUGGAGGGGAUAAAAAAGUAGCUAAUACACAUUCUCCAGGCUACUUUAAUUUUUUAAACCGCAAUCCAUUAUAUACUGCUUGUAGUACUUGCAAAUUAUGUGUGGGAUUUCUCCCCGUUAUCAAGAAGGGAAUUUUCUCAGUAGUUGAUUUAUCAAACAUGGCUCAUACCUUUCUAAGCUGUCUCCUUCCAUUGGUCUUUAAUCCUUAAACAUAAUAUUUUGUUUGAUUUUAAGGGGGUGGCCAGGUAGAUUUGUGCAUUCGGAACUUCUUUGCUUUAUUUAGCUACUUUUGUUGAGAGGAUUUUAAUUUUAUGUAUCUCUUUUUAUUUUCUUUUAAGCCUUGUGGUGACUUUUAUUUGGAAGCUCAACCUCCUCAGGAAAACGGACAGAGUUUGAGGCAUUGGGGUGUUUAUUGCUGACCCAUUAAACCCUUUUAUAAAAUUAUAUGCACACGGGUAUUUUGGGUCACUUUCUCAUGUUUGUUUGUUUUUUUGAUAUGCUUUGUAAAUCUAAUUUAAAUUCUCAA